AUGUCUUACAACAAGCCAGAGAAGGGUGACUUCGAGGGUCCCAAGAUCCACAAAAUUCGCAUCACCCUCACCAGCCGCAAUGUGAAGAGCCUCGAGAAGGUCUGCACCGAGCUCAUCGACCGUGCCAAGGGCAAGGACCUCCGCGUUAAGGGCCCCGUCCGUCUGCCCACCAAGAACCUCAAGAUCAGCACCCGCAAGACGCCCAACGGUGAGGGUUCCAAGACUUGGGACAUGUACGAGAUGCGCAUCCACAAGCGCCUCAUCGACCUGAACGCCCCCACCGAGGUCGUCAAGCAGAUCAUCAUCAACAUCGAGGCCGGUGUUGAGGUUGAGGUCACCAUCGCUGCCUAA